AUGUCAAAGGCGUGUACGCUGGAAAACGGGGUACUAAACCUAGCGGUGCUACGCGAGGAUUCCCGACGCGAGCUAUUUUCGAUUUUGGACUCAAUUGGCAAGGAUAUCUGCUUUGUACUCGAUCCGGAGCUUAACGGGCCCCUCAACCACGUUCUUGUGGACGGUACAGCGGUGUUAAAGAAUCAUGGUGUCAAGGAUUUUCACGCAUUUGGUAAGACGGUCAAAACUAGCUGCGAGUGUGUACUGUUCCUCGUGCGUCCAUCAGUGCGGUCUGCGCGCUACGCGGCUAAAUAUGUUCGCGAUCUGGGAGCAGACAAGUCUUCAAGUGCCAAAAAACGUUUUUUUCUGUAUUACGUGAGUCGUCGUACGCUCGUUUGCGAUGAAGUGCUUAAGAAAGAAGGAGUGUUUGGCAGCCUUAGUGUAGGCGAGUACAAGCUCGAUCUCAUUCCUUUUGACGAUGACGUGCUUACACUCGAGCUAGAUGCGUGCUUUAAAGAAUUUUACGUCGAUGGUGACAAGACUAAUCUGCACACUGUUGCAGCUUCGCUUAUUAAGCUACAGACUGUGUUCGGUAUGAUCCCGCACGUCAAGUAUAAAGGUACAAUGGCCAAAAUCGUUUAUCAGAUGAUGGCGCAUUUUCGUCGGGAACAAGAGGUGGCAGGCAGUCCCAUCGCUGUGCUGGACCCCGAGAUCGACAUGGUCGUGCUCAUUGAUCGCAAUGUGGACCUGGUCACGCCCAUGUGCUCCCCGAUGACAUAUGAAGGACUAUUAGAUGAAAUCUUAGGUAUCACACACGGCUUUAUCACUGUUGAUUCGGAGUUAAUUGCUGACGACGACGGACCUAAUUCAAACAGCAACGUUAAUCGACCUGCUCAGGUAUCAGUGCCUUUAAAUUCUAAUGACAAAUUGUAUGCAGAAGUGAGGGACUACCACGUCGAGCGUCUUGGAAUGAAUUUACAGCGACAGGCGAGAGAGAUUCGCGAGCGCUACGACGAGUUUCGCAAGAAUCGUGACGCAUCUAUCAGCGAAAUUCGCGAAUUCGUAAAGCGUAUUCCAGGUUUAAAACAGAAUUACCAGUUGCUUCAGCAACACAUCAAUCUAGCUGAGCUUAUCAAAAAGACGACGGACUCGAAGCGCUUUCGCGAUCUCAAGGAUGUGGAAAAUUUGGUACUUACAGGCGAAACUAUCUUCGAGCAGCUUGAAGAGCGUAUUGGGGAUCAGGAGCCGGUGCUUGGCGUGCUCCGACAAUUCUGCCUUCAGUCUGUGGCCGCUGGUGGCAUCAAGACGAAAAGUUACACACAUUUGAGCCGCGAACUAGUACAAACGUACGGCUUUGAAAUGAUGUUAGCACUAAGCAACUUGGAAAAGGCUGGCUUGCUCAGUCGGCGCGAUACUAUGUGGAAUGAGGCUAGCGGCUUUGGCUUUGCCCGAAAAGCAUUUCGCUUACUUAACGAGGAUGUGGACCCGCGCGAUCCCCGUGAUUGUGCCUAUGUCAGCAGAAGUCAUGCCGCUGGGUAUGCUCCACUCUCUGUGCGUAUCGUAGAGAGUGCAAUCAAGCCUCGUGGCUGGAGUGCAGUGCAGGAAGGUCUGCGUCAGCUUCCUGGUCCCUCGGGGGAAAUCUUGCAGACGGCAAGCAAAAGUGUAGGUGACGACCCGGUCGCCCCUACAACCGCUUCCAAGAUAGACAAUUUUGGGAGUGAAGAACGCAAGGUUCUUCUUGUCUACUAUCUUGGGGGUGUGACUUUUAUGGAGAUCGCUGCACUCCGUCAUUUGUCCCGCCAGCCUGACUGUCCGUACGAUAUUAUUGUUGCGACGACGAAGAUCGUGAAUGGGGACACAUUGCUCAAGUCUUGUUUCAACAAGGAGGUGCUUCGAUUCCUAAAGUUGUGA